GAUCCUAAAAUGAACUCAGGACAUGGUCGAAUGCCGGCGAGCUGUAACAGAGAUGGAUCAUUUGCGAGCGGAGAUAGCUUUGGAUAAUUUGGGGGGAUUAAGCUUCUAUGAAUUCGAUAUUUCUUUGCAAGAGCACAUGAUGGACUUUGAACCUUUUAACUUAAAGGAGGAUGCUCUGCAGUCAAUCUGUUUUUCUUCCUGGUCAGUGGUUUAAGUCAGGGGUUUCAUUUAAGUGAACGUAAUAGCUGAUGCCUGUACAAAAACACUGAUAAAAGGAGGUCGCAGGAGGAGUAAAGAGACUGGUAACAGAUGAUGUUUGUUAGGAUACAAGCUGAGAAGAUCCAGUAUCUGUUUUACAAAAGCGUUCGUUAAUUUAGGUUUUUUUAAAGGGGCUUUUGCACAGGCGGUAUCUAAUGCAAGGCAACAAUGGGACUGGAUGGCAUGGAAAUAAUUGCCGUUGCUGUUGUCAUUGGACUGUUUGUUGUUGUGCUCAAACAGUUCGGGAUUUGGGAGCCUUUGUCACUGGAAGACAGCUGUGACAGCGACCUGGAACUCUCCAUGGUGCGUCACCAACCUGAGGGCCUCGACCAGCUCCAAGCCCAGACACAGUUCACCAGGAAGGAGCUUCAGUCUCUUUACAGAGGCUUCAAAAAUGAAUGUCCCAGUGGGCUUGUGGAUGAGGAAACUUUUAAGACUAUUUACUCACAGUUCUUCCCUCAAGGAGAUGCAACCACGUAUGCACAUUUCUUGUUCAACGCAUUUGAUAUGGACAGAAGUGGCUCCAUCCGGUUUGAGGACUUUGUGAUAGGGUUGUCUGUGUUGCUCAGAGGCUCCGUUACAGAGAAACUGCGAUGGGCGUUCAACCUGUAUGACAUCAACAAAGACGGAUAUGUUACUAAAGAGGAAAUGAUGGCAAUAAUGACCUCCAUUUAUGACAUGAUGGGUAGGUAUACCUCACCCAGCGUUCGAGACGAUUCCCCCUUUGAGCAUGUGGAGAGAUUCUUCCAGAAAAUGGAUCGGAACAGGGAUGGAGUAGUGACUAUUGAUGAAUUCAUAGAAACCUGCCAAAAGGAUGAAAAUAUAAUGGCUUCUAUGCAGCUCUUUGAGAAUGUCAUCUAGUCUCUGUAGAGGUACAUGGAUCAGUACUGCUGCAUAGUGCACAGCUGCAAGCUUCCAGGCCUGAAAUAACUUCAAUCAUCCUGAAAGGGAAAACUGGGUCAUGCAACACAUUUGACACAUUUGAAUACAAACUGGCAAACACUUUAAUUUUUACUGUAAAGCUGUGCUAUGCAGAGAAAUGUGCAGAGCUCACCAAAUCACACAAAGAAGAAAUGUUUCUUUGCAUGACAGUUUUAAUUUUGCACAUGUGAAAAACUUCAUCAUUGCCAGAUGAGCAUGAGUGCUUGCCCAACAGUUAAAAGCAUGUGAUGCAAACAACAUUGAACACAUCUAGGUUUUAUUGUUGACCACUUUGAAACUUGGGCAAAUGAGAGACUUUGUUACUGUAUCAUACUGUAAAGAAAAUAAUUAUGUUUCUAAGUUCUUCAAGUUUUUGUGUAAACGUGAUACCCAGUCAUUGUCAUGUUGACCUAAAACCUGCUGAAAUAUAUAAACCUUCACGUCUGAAGUAAAAGUAUAACAUGUUAUAACAUUUAUUUCUGCGUGCAGUCGUUAUCUUGUUUUUGUACCAGUGUACAGCACAGUGUACAGCUAUCAAAGAUCACACAAGGCUGUGAUCUCUGAUAGCAAUGGGACAUCAGCAUGCAACUGCUUAUUAUGUGGCUAAUUCCAUGUGUUCAGCCAUUGUAAAAGUGAUUUUGAACAGGCAAUUUUCCAAAUCUGACCUUAAGAGGGUCUUCUGCAUGACACAAAGCAAAAAUUCAUAGAUUUCACCCGAAGCAAUUUCCCCAUAUUUUGAGCCUUUUGACCAGCAGUCUGUUUUUGGAACAAUGAUCUUUCUUGUUCUAACUUUUUUGUUGUGUGAUAUUUAAUACAGGAAGCUUGUGUGUUCAAGUGUUCAGUUAUAGUUAACUUACUCUACUUUUGUUCUGCAUGAUGAAUAUAUCUCUUUAUAAGCAAAAGAAUGUUCCUCUGUAUGAAAUAUCUUAAACAUCGUGAUGCACAUAGAGUAACACAGCGUGUUUGUUUUCAUCAAAGGAACAAUGACACUGAAGAGAUGUUCAGAAACUGGGGAGAGUUCAGUGGUAGUCAAUAAGGAAGAAAACCUUUCUAACCAACCAGAACCUAAUUAAUAUUUACUGUUUCUUGGUGUUUG